AUGGCUUCACAGAUUCUCCCCCUUGAACUUAUCGACAGAUGCAUUGGCUCACGCAUCUGGGUAAUCAUGAAGAGCGAGCGCGAAUUCACCGGCACACUUCUUGGAUUCGAUGACUUCGUCAACAUGGUCCUGGAGGAUGUGAUAGAAUAUGAGACCACACCUCAGGGCAAAAAGGAAACGAAGUUGGCUCAGACGCUUUUGAAUGGAAACAACAUUUGCAUGCUGAUCCCAGGGAGCAACGGGCCAGAUGACUCGUAA